UUUCUUGUAUCUUGCAGCAUUUGUAAUCUAUAACUUCCUGAGCCUGUGUUAUGAGUACCUUGGAGGAGAGAGUGCCAUCAUGUCUGAAAUCAGGGGCAACCCAAUUACUCCCACCAGUUGGUUUUGCUGUACCUGUUGUUUGAGAGGUAGGACCUACUCCAUCGGUUUCCUGCGUUUCUGCAAGCAAGCUACCCUCCAGUUCUGUUUCAUCAAACCAGUCAUGGCCCUCUGCACCCUCAUACUCCUCCCAUUUGGAAAAUACUCAGACGGGAACUUCUCAAUUACGGAUGGUUACUUGUACAUCACAAUCAUCUAUAAUAUAUCAGUCAGCUUGGCGCUGUACGCUCUCUUUCUCUUCUACUUUGCUGCAAAAGAGCUCCUCGCACCUUAUCAACCCAUCCUCAAGUUUUUCAUCGUCAAAUCCAUCAUUUUUGUCUCUUUUUGGCAAGGUGUCUUACUGGCCAUAAUUGAGCUAGCUGGAGCCCUCGACCCUGCUGAUGAAGCCAAGGAUGAGACAUCCUCCAUCCCAGCGGGAACGGUCUCUGCCGGUUACCAGAACUUCCUCAUUUGUAUUGAGAUGUUCUUCUGUGCCAUUGGUCUGCGUUAUGCCUUCCCCUUUGACGUCUACAUGGAGAAACAAGGGCUGGGAUCAUCCAACAUGCAGCAGAGCAUAUCCAACAACCUGAAGGACACGGUGAACCCCCGUGACAUGUUCAACGACACCAUCCACAACUUCUCCCCGGCCUACCAGCAGUACAUGCAGCAGGGCACCGUCUCCGAUGAUAUGGACUCCGGCUACUACCACCACUACCCCCAGACCAACGGCAAGGAGAUGGUCAAUCCUGCAGCGUCAUCGGGUGGGGGCAGCGGCGGUGGCAACGGCAGCAGCAGCAGCAAUGGGGGAGGGGGCAUCAUGGGCAAGGCGCGUAGUGGCACGGGGGGAGGAGGGAGCAAGAGGUCGGGUCACACGGAGAAGACCACGCUACUCAGCUCCGACGAUGAAUAUUGAUCGUAGCAGUAACCCUUCCCUCGCCCCUUGUAAACUUAUCUCUUUUAAUCGUCUGCGUCAUGUACUUAAGAUGUCGUACACAUGUGUAAGAGUAUUCAAAUGACCAAGGGGUUUAGGUGCAAGUUUGACAGGAAA